UUUGUGUAAACUUGCCGAAGGUUAUAAUACGUGUUUUUGGUGCGCGCAGCGUCAUUUUACCGAAGCGCACGGGUCGUUAGGUUUCAGUGCACAACCUUUGCUUGUGCUGCAUGCGUGCCUGGGAGGCAAGAAAAUGACCCUCUUCGAAGCGGCUUCAGAGGUAGUUUUUCUGAAUCGUGGGUUUGUACUUUCAAGUUUAAUCAGCGAAGUGGUCUUGUUGAUUGCGAUAGUAGCAGUUACAAAGGUCUACCUAGUGCCAGCGAUACGUUAUUAUAAGCGUGGUUUGUUGUACACCAAGCAAGGCUGUUCUCCUCCAAGGCACUGGCUAUGGGGACAUCUUACAGUAUUCCCACUAAGCCACGAUGGGAUGUUAAAACGAUUGAGAACAACAGCUCAAUAUGCCGGAAUGUUCGUAUCCUGGGCUGGACCUUUUACAUACUGGAUUGAAACUCAACACCCGACGACUUGCGCCGUUCUAGCAAACAGUUCAGCACCCAAAGCUGAAUUCCUAUACGGAUGUCUUCGUCCAUGGAUUGGAGAUGGUCUGUUGACAAGCAAAGGCAGCAAAUGGAAGAGAAACAGAAGGCUUCUAACGCCUGCCUUUCAUUUCGAGAUACUUAAACCAUACCUCAACAUUUUCAACAAAUCCUCUUAUGCAAUGUUGGAAAAAUGGAAACGACAUUCUGGCCAGUCGUAUGACGUAUAUGGUGACGUCAGUAACCUUACACUGGAUACCAUGAUGCAGUGUGCCAUGUCGACGGACACUGACAGUGGAGGUGAAGACGGAGGAUACGGCUACAUUAAUGCUGUCCACGAGUUGACGUUGCUAGUUAUGGAGAGAGUUUACAAUCCACUACACAUGAUUGACUGGAUCUACCAUUUUUCAUCUAACGGAAGACGCUUUCGAAAACUAGUCGACUUCGUUCACGAAACAUCCGAAACGAUUAUUAAAGAAAGGAAGAAAGAGCUUGAAACACUCGUCCAAGAAGACAAUGAUAAUGCCUCAACUGCCACCAACAACGAAAUAUCCAGCUUCAAAAAAAGAGGAACAAAACAUUUGGAUUUUCUUGAUAUCCUUUUACAAACAAAAGAUGAAAACGGCAAUGGACUGACUCUUAAAGAAAUCCGUGACGAGGUAGAUACGUUUCUUUUCGAAGGUCAUGAUACGACAGCAAGCGGUAUAGCCUGGUGCUUGUACAAUCUAGCGAAGCAUCCUGAGUAUCAACAAAGAUGCAGAGAAGAAGUUCUUGAAGAGGUCGGUGAAAAAGAAAAAAUAGAAUGGGAGGACCUUUCGAAACUGACUUACUUAGCCAUGUGUAUAAAAGAAAGUCUUCGACUUAAUCCACCAGUAUUCUGUGUUGGCCGCGAACUAAACGAAGAUCUUACGUUUAAUGACAAGUACACGCCGUGUAAGAAAAUGAAGGUUGAGUCUGGAAACACUGUACUCAUGCAGAUAAUGUCCAUGCACAGAAAUCCACACGUUUGGGAGAAUCCUGAAGUCUAUGACCCCGAAAGAUUUUCUGCAGAAAACAUGAAAAAUCGCCAUUCAAUGUCAUUCUUAGCGUUUUCUGCUGGUCCGAGAAAUUGCAUUGGUCGAAAUUUCGCCAUGAACGAGCUACGAGUUGUGAUUGGCCAAACAUUGCGACAAUACAAAUUAUGGUGUGAUGAUGAUACUCCUCAGCCUAAGAUGCAACCAAAUAUUAUCCUGAGAUCUGCGAAUGGAAUUCACAUAAAAUUUAAACCAGUGUAAACUAUAGACGUUAUAAAGAUUUGGCAAUGGUGUUAAGAAAUCGAAUUUGAUCAUUUAAACCAAAAUAAAGCAUGUGGCACUGAA